GGGAAGCGGGGCAGCGGAUCGGAAGUGUGGACGGCCCGGGGCCCCUCCCGUUUCGGUGUUUUUCUGUGUGAGUGGAGAAGUGGUAGUGACAACAUUUUUUAGGAUGUCUGAAGAUGAAGAAAAGGUGAAGUUACGCCGUCUUGAGCCAGCUAUCCAGAAAUUCACUAAGAUAGUCAUCCCAACAGACUUGGAGAGGUUAAGAAAGCACCAGAUAAAUAUUGAGAAGUAUCAACGAUGCAGGGUUUGGGACAAGUUGCAUGAAGAGCAUAUCAAUGCAGGACGUACAGUUCAGCAACUUCGCUCCAAUAUCCGAGAAAUGGAGAAGCUUUGUUUGAAAGUCCGAAAGGAUGACCUAGUGCUCCUGAAAAGAAUGAUAGAUCCUGUUAAAGAAGAAGCAUCAGCAGCAACAGCAGAGUUUCUCCAGCUCCACUUGGAAUCUGUCGAAGAACUUAAGAAACAGUUUAAUGAUGAAGCAACUCUAUUACAGCCUUCGUUAACCAGAUCCAUGACUGUUGGUGGAACAUUUCACAAUUCUGAAGCUGAAGAGAGUUCCCAGAGUUUGACUCAGAUAUAUGCUUUGCCUGAAAUCCCUCCAGAUCAAAAUGCUGCAGAAUCAUGGGAAACUCUGGAAGCGGACUUAAUUGAACUUAGCCAACUGGUCACGGACUUCUCUCUCCUAGUAAAUUCCCAGCAGGAGAAGAUUGACAGCAUCACCGACCAUGUCAACAGUGCUGCUGUGAAUGUUGAAGAGGGAACCAAAAACUUGGGGAAGGCUGCAAAAUACAAGCUGGCAGCCCUGCCUGUGGCAGGUGCGCUCAUCGGAGGCGUGGUGGGGGGUCCCAUUGGCCUCCUCGCGGGCUUCAAAGUGGCAGGAAUUGCAGCUGCACUUGGUGGUGGGGUGCUGGGUUUCACAGGUGGGAAAUUGAUACAGAGGAGAAAGCAGAAAAUGAUGGAGAAGCUCACUUCCAGCUGUCCGGACCUCCCCAGCCAAACUGACAAAAAGUGCAGCUAAAAGCCAACUUCAGUCCCGGUUGGUGCCAACGGAUCUGUAUAUCCUAGCAAGCACCCUGCUGCUGUUGGACACUCCCUCAGCUUUGGGCACCGUGUGUCCAGACAGUAGCGCUAGAUGCCCAGGUGGUGUGGGCCCAGGAUAGAUAGGAUGGAGGAGUUAGAGAUGGAGGAGCCCGAGCUGACGGUGUGAAAUGUCUGUCAGGUCAAGCUUAAAGACUUCCAAAGAACAAAUUUUCUGCCUGGAAAUGUGAAAACAGAACCUCUAACUAAGGACUUAAGAUGUGUAGAAGUGAGUUGGAGAUCUUCCCGCCAUGUAUCUGUAGAUAAUGUAGCUGGUCGGUGGAGGAAAGGAUGGGAGCCACUCUAUCAGGUAGGGAAGUGCGACCCAGCAAGAGGCACAGGACAGCCUUGUGGCAGCCACUUGGUGAAGCCAAUUGCAUUUGGUCCAACUCUGUUUUCUGGUGAAGGAAACUAAUAGCAUAAGGAAGUGGCAAAGGAGGCUGGCUUCUCUUUUCAUGUGUCCAUCUCCAACACUGACUGGCUUCUUUUCUGAAUUCUUUCUUGGCCUUCUAUAAAUAAAGAGCACAGAACUCCAGGGUAGGAGAUGCACGAGUCAGUCAGCAAGUUCACCGCCAGCCUUCUUCGCUGCACCUCAAAGCCCCCAUACCCCCUCACCUUCUCUCCUUUGAUUUUUGAGCUGCUCUUUGUCUUGUGGGGUGCGACGAUCACCCAGGUGUGAUGAGUACUUUUCUCAUAAUCUGCCAUUUUGUAUUGUUUGCCAUCACUGUUUAGCCUUCCAGGAAGGAAGGAAGGAAGGAAGAGGAAAUUUCCAAAUAUAUCCAACAUUGUUAGAAUUGAAAAGGAUGGGGGCAAGGUGAGGCCAAAUCCUGGGGUACUUGCUGGUUUCCAGGGGUUGGUUCAGUAUCUGCCUCCCAGGGGCCUCUGACUCUCAGUCUUCUCUUCUUAGCUGGUCUUGGGGAGCCCAGAACUAGCUUUCUACCUCACUGCAGUUACUGCCAUGCUUCCCCUGCUGUUAGCUCUUUGCACACAUUCCUUGCUUUCCACAGCCGCCCUCCCUCCCUAACGUCGGCACCAUGCUUACCUUUCUCACACCGUAAACAAAGGCCAGCCAAGACUCAGACCCAAUAAAGGACUUGUGGUGCUAAUCCAACACGUGACAUUUUGACAGCAAACAAGGUCUAGUCCAACCUAUGACUGUUACAGACAACAAAAAGACUUUAACUUUUUGUGUGUGAAUCAGUCCUGGGACUUGAACUCAGGACCUGUGCACUGUGCUCAAGGCUAGCAGUCUACCAUCUGAGCCACAGCUCCA